AUGCUUAAUCCUCUCUUCUCCAAGUCAGGAGUCAAUAAGAUGGAGCCGCUCAUUUUGGAGAAAAUGGAAGAGACCAUAUCAAAGAUCGAACAGAUUUCGGACGCUGGCCCAAUCGAUAUCUCCACUGCCUUCAGAUGCAUGACAGGUGACAUCAUCUCUGAAUUUUCAUUCGGAUCAUCCAUGAAUCUGAUCCACGAGCAUCCAAAUGCCUUUGAAUCGAAGUAUCUCAAAGCCUUGACCCUGUCCUCGGCACUGCCUUAUGUGAGGUACUACAGCGUCACGCAAAGGAUCGUGGCGAAAUUAAUCCCACUUUCCAUCGCUGCCAAUUUCCACCCGGUGCUGAGACAUACCAAGAACAUGGUUGAUAUGAUACUGGGAUCGUACGAUGACUACGCUAGCAAGAAAACCGAGAAAACCGCGUCCAGCCUCCCCGUCAUUUUUGACUUCCUCCAAUCAUUACCUGCUGAGCAGCAGAAGGCUGAGGCUAUCAACACGUUCAUUGCUGGCUCUGACACGACCGCCUUUACGCUUACCACAGCGGUAUACUACAUUUUAAGCCUUCCUGACGUUGAGAGAACAUUAGUAGAAGCCUUGGACGAAGUGUUUGGAAAUGCUCAAACCACCCCAUCGCUGGUUCAACUCGAGCAAAUCAAAUACUUGCGCGCCUGUAUCACCGAAGCUCUACGAGUUGGAAUGGCAGCACCUGGCUUGCUCCCUCGUAUCGUACCUAAACGACCCCAGCCGUUCAUUGUAGACGGCAAAGUGGUACCUCCAGGUAUCUGGGGUCCGGAUGGCGGAUCCUUCAACCCAAACCGUUGGCUUGGUCCGAACGCAAAGGAGCUUGAGACAUAUAUGUGCACUUUCAGCAAAGGCGCUCGCCAGUGCAUUGGAAUCAAUGUUGCGUAUGCGGAGAUAACCAUGACCCUAGCACACAUCUUCUACCGUUUCAAGAUGGACUUGAAGACGAAGGAGUUCCGUGCGAAAGACAGGUUUAUUCAAGAGUUUGAAGAGCCGGGGAUUCUAGUAGACUUCAAGCUGCGACAACACUCUUAA